AUGCUCUUCAGCGUCUCCACCCGAUGCAAGCCUCCAGCACAAGCACUAGUGCGACACUAUGCCAAGCCCGCGGACGCUUCUAUGGGCGACGCGCGUCUAAACCUUAUUCGUCGCACUCUUUACCCUGGAAAUAUACGGAAUAAAGCCACACCAACGGGCACCUGGAGGCCAGACGUCCGCCAAACGAUUCAACGCGCUAUCCCAUCUGUCCAGGCGCAUGACACAAUCGAGAGAGCCUGGCUGUUGCAUCGACGGCACGUGAGGAAGCGGAGAGAGGAGGAGAUCAAACGGAAAUUUGAGUGCAUGCGCAAGGCAAUGGACGAGCUUAGGUCUAUCGAUCUACGGCUGUACAUGGAGGCCAACAAAGUAGAGGACCCUCGAAGGCGGAGCCCCCAGGAGAUGGAGAAGUUCAAGAGUCUGCCUGGGUUGGAGGGAAGAGCUUUCGAUGCGCGUAUUCGCGGACUGUUUCCCAGAGAGUACAGAGUUCCAGUCGACACUCCCUCGAAAGCUGGUUGGAAUUACGAGUGGACCCCGGUUGAACGGCCACUGUAG